AGCAACACUUAUCACUUGCUAGAAGUCAUCCCGUUGAGGUGGUGAUCGGUGCACUUCGGUCAGUUGCAUAUUUUUUCCCAAUCGUUCCGUUUGGUUACAUCUUGUCAUCAAAUCUAGUGAGUGAAUUAUUUUUCAUCAUUUGCUACUAGUUUCCAUCCAAAAGCGCUUUUACUAAUUGCAACAUAGACGAGUAGAGAAAAUGGCCAGCUUACGACUCAUUGGAACAUCGCUGAACCGAAAUCUGACCUUUGCCCGGUCGAUUAAUUUCAGACGAUCUUCCCCUCUGCUCCAGAGUCGAUUCCUAGCGAGCGCGCCAGCGGCGAAACACAUCAAAACCAAAGUCGUUGACAAUGUCUUAGUGAUGACUCUUGAUUCGCCUAACUCAAAGGUGAACUCGCUUGGCGCCGAAGUGCAGGCCGAGUUCGAUGCCAUCUUCCGGGACAUGGAAACAAAUCCAUCGGUCGCCUCGGCGGUGAUUAUAUCCGCCAAACCAGGUUGUUUCAUUGCCGGAGCGGAUAUUAGCAUGCUAGAGAGAUGCAAGUCGGCUGAGGAAGCAACCAAAAUUUCCCACGGAGGACAACUUCAGUUCAACAGGAUGGAAAAAUCCAAGAAGCCAAUCGUGGCCGCAAUAAAUGGGGUCUGUUUGGGUGGAGGUUUAGAGCUGGCACUGGCCUGUCACUAUCGUGUUGCUGUGAAGGAUAAACGUACAAAUCUGGGACUACCCGAGGUCAUGCUAGGUUUACUGCCAGGAGCCGGUGGAACCCAGCGGUUGCCAAAGCUAACAUCGAUUCCCACUGCGCUUGAUUUGGCACUAACGGGAAAGAACGUUAAAGCUGACAAGGCCAAGAAAUUGGGCAUUGUCGAUAUGUUGGUGAAUCCUUUGGGACCCGGACUAAAAACAGCCGAAGAGAACACGAUUGAAUACCUUGAAAAAGUUGCUGUGCAAGUUGCAAAAGAUCUUGCUUCCGAUAAACUGAAGGUCAACCGAAAGAAGACCGGUUUAGUGAAUACAAUAAUGGAAUUGGCGUUUUCCUUUGAUUGGGUUAAGGACAAAGUGUUCGCUAAAGCUCGUGAGCAGGUCAUGAAGUUGUCAGGUGGUUUGUAUCCUGCCCCGUUGAAGAUUCUUGAUGUUAUCCGCGUUGGAGUUGAUAAAGGCUUCGAAGCUGGAUCCGAAGCGGAAAGGAAGGGAUUUGGCGAGUUAUCUCAAACUACUCAAUCCAAAGGAUUGAUUGGUCUGUUCCGUGGACAAACCGAAUGCAAGAAGAAUCGGUUUGGUAAGCCAGCCAAUCCACCCAAAACGAUUGGUGUUUUGGGAGCUGGACUGAUGGGCGCUGGAAUUGUACAAGUAAGCAUCGAUAAGGGAUAUCAAGUUGUGAUGAAAGACACUACGGAAGCAGGUCUGGGUCGUGGUAUUGGACAGAUUCAAAAUGGUCUACAGAACGCCAUCAAGAGGAAGCGUAUCAGUGGCAUCGAGCGGGAUCAGAUUCUGUCCAAUCUGAACUCUACUCUCAGCUAUGAUUCGUUCAAAAAUACGGACAUUGUGAUUGAAGCAGUAUUUGAAAAUAUUGAUAUCAAGCACAAGGUGAUCAAGGAGCUGGAACAAGUUGUCCCACAGCAUUGCAUCAUUGCGACCAAUACGUCCGCUAUUCCGAUUGCGAAAAUUGCUGCUGGAAGCUCGCGACCGGAUAAGGUAAUUGGAAUGCAUUAUUUCUCACCGGUGGACAAAAUGCAGUUGCUAGAGAUCAUCACUCAUCCAGGAACCUCCAAGGAAACCGCAGCUGCCGCGGUGGAGGUCGGAUUAAAACAGGGCAAGGUAGUGAUCACUGUUGGAGAUGGUCCAGGAUUUUACACGACUCGCAUUCUAUCCACCAUGUUAUCCGAGGCAAUCAGGCUGCUGCAAGAAGGUGUUGACCCUAAGGACCUGGACAAAAUGACCAAAACAUUUGGAUUCCCAGUGGGUGCCGCCACGCUUGCCGAUGAGGUUGGAAUCGAUGUUGGUGCACACAUUGCCGUCGAUCUAGCCAAAGCAUUCGGAGAUCGGUUCAGUGGAGGUAAUCUGGGUGUUAUGGACGAUUUGGUGAAGGCCGGUUUCAUGGGACGCAAGUCAGGCAAAGGGGUGUUUGUGUACGGACCUGGAAAGAGCAAGAACCGUGAAGUGAACCAAGACGCUCUAGCAAUUCUGAAGCAAAAGUAUGCUCUUCAGUCACGCGGUGCCAACAGUGUAGAGGACAUGCAGCUUAGGAUGGUUUCCCGCUUCGUUAAUGAAGCUGUUCUCUGUCUGGAGGAGAAGAUUUUGGAUAACCCACUGGAAGGAGAUGUGGGUGCUGUUUUCGGUCUUGGAUUCCCCCCAUUCACCGGAGGACCAUUCCGCUGGGUCGACCAAUAUGGCGCAAGCAAGUUGGUAGAUAAGAUGCGAUCGUAUGCCGACCUGUACGGUGCACCAUUUGUGCCUGCCCAAACGCUUGUCGAUAUGGCGAAGGAUACAUCCAAGAAAUUUCACCCUAGCAAGUAGACUUUUUAUUGUUUAGGUUCGUUGGUACGGUUAAGUUUAAAAGAUCAAACAUGUGAAUCGAAUUUAAGCAAACAUUGUAAUAUCACACAUUCAAUUAGGUAUCUUGUCAAUUAUUGUUAUUCUGUCCCAUUUUCGAGGAUUAUAACAAAUACAUUUUUUUUAUGUUUUUUGUUACAACCGAAUGCAUUUUCGUCUAGUACGGAAAAAUAUAUUUACAUGAGAAGAUCA